CUCAUAAAAUGGUCCAUGUACAGGGAUGAAGAACUGGUGGAUUUUGUCAUCCCCGUGUAUCCUGGGCAAGAUGCUGGUGUUUCUGAGCCUGAGUGGUCACCAGACAGGGAAGGUGAACCUCAAGGGCACUGGUAUGAUAAGAUGUACUCUAUCCGAAGUCUGCCCACAAUGUUGUACCGAGAGCGAGCUGAAGAGGACGGGAUUGAGGACAUGACACAACUUGAGGAACUUCAUGAAGCUGCUGUUUUACUCAACCUUAAAAAAAGGUUUGACCGAGAACUGAUUUACACAUACAUUGGAAGUAUUCUAGUAGCUGUAAAUCCCUACAAGAUGUACAAUAUUUAUGGGACAGACCUGGUGCUUCAACACAAAGGACAUGCCCUUGGUGAAAAUCCUCCGCAUUUAUUUGCUAUAGCAAAUGCGGCUUAUGCAAAAAUGAUGGAUGCCAAACAGAACCAAUGCAUCAUUAUCAGUGGUGAGAGUGGCUCUGGCAAGACUGAGGCCACAAAGUUGGUCCUGCGCUAUUUGGCUGCUAUACAACACAAGCGCAACAUUACACAGCAGAUUGAGAUUCUCGAAGCUGCUCCACUCCUAGAGUCAUUUGGAAAUGCCAAAACCGUCAGGAAUGAUAACUCAAGUCGAUUUGGGAAAUACAUAGAGAUAUUUUUGGAGGAGGGUGUGAUUAGUGGUGCCAUAACCUCACAGUAUCUACUUGAAAAGUCAAGGAUUGUGUUUCAGGCCAAAGAUGAAAGAAACUACCACAUUUUUUACGAGAUGCUUGCAGGCCUUCCUUCACAGCAAAAACAGUCAUUGUACCUCCAAGAGGCAGAGACCUACUAUUACCUCAAUCAGGGUGGGAACUGUGAGAUCACUGGUAAGAGUGAUGGGGAGGACUUCCGCAGGCUUCUCAGUGCCAUGGAAAUCCUUCAUUUCAACCCUGAAGAUCAAAAUGGCAUCUUCAGGAUCCUGUCAUCUAUUCUCCAUCUGGGAAAUGUCUUCUUUGAGAGAUAUGAGACAGACUCUCGGGAAAUGGUGUCAGUGGUGAGUGCUCAGGAGAUUAGAGUGGUGGCAGAACUCUUACAGAUUUCUCCUGAGGCCCUGCAGAAAUCAAUGACUUACAAAGUGACGGAGACAAUGAGGGAGAAGAUCUAUACCCCUCUAUCAGUGGAGAGUGCAGUUGAUGCCAGAGAUGCAGUUGCCAAGAUCCUGUACUCCCUCCUUUUCAACUGGUUAACAGACAGAAUCAAUACUUUGGUUUACCCAAUGAACGAGACACUGUCCAUCUCCAUCCUUGAUAUCUACGGCUUUGAGGACCUCAUCUUCAACAGCUUUGAACAGCUUUGCAUAAACUAUGCAAAUGAGUACCUACAGUUCUUUUUCAACAGGGUCAUUUUCAGGGAAGAGCAAGAGGAAUACAGCAGAGAGGAAAUUCCCUGGGAAGAAGUGUAUUAUAAUGACAAUCAGGCCUGCAUUGACCUCAUUUCAGCGAAACCCCAUGGGGUACUUCGGAUCUUGGAUGACCAGAGUGGUUUUCCACAGGCUACAGACCACACCUUCCUUCAGAAAUGUCAUUAUCAUCAUGGCCACAAUCCUCUGUAUUUCAAGCCAAAAAUGCCUCUCCCUGAAUUUGCCAUUAAACACUUUGCUGGAAAAGUCACCUAUCAGGUCCAUAAAUUUUUGGACAAAAAUUAUGAUCAGGUUCGCCAGGAGGUGCUCAAUCUUUUCAUGCAAAGCAAAAAUAAGAUGGUUGCACAUCUGUUCACAAGCUAUUCAGAAACUGUCAAUCAACAGAAGAAGACCAGCACGGUUACACGCAAAUAUCAGCCAUCCACAGUUGCUGCCAAGUUCCAGCUAUCUCUUAUGGAGCUUGUGGAAAAGAUGGAGAGAUGCAACCCAUUCUUUGUGCGCUGCAUAAAGCCAAACCAUAACAAGGAGCCUGGAGUGUUUGACAUGGACCUGGUCAGCACUCAACUUCGUUACUCUGGGAUAUUGGAUACCAUCCGCAUUAGGGGACAGGGCUAUCCAAUCAGAAUACUCUUUGAUGUCUUCCUUUUUAGAUACAAAUCCUUGCUGGGCCUAAAGCAGGCUCCUCCUGCCACUGGGGAAAACUGUGUUAUCAUGCUAAGGAAGCUUUGUCCUUUAAGACCAGGAGCUUUUGAAGUGGGCAUCACCAAGCUGUUCUUAAAAGAAGACAUCUAUUACAUGCUGGAAAGUAAGAGAGACAGAGUGAGGCAUGUUGCUGCUUUGACCCUGCAACGCUACACUCGAAUGUUCUUUGUACGGAAACGCUAUGUAGCCUUUCGCAUGAAAAUCAUUCGAUUGCAGGCGCACUGCCGAGGUUACCUCAUACGGUACAGAUUCUCACUGCUGAAACACUAUGUGAAAAUGCGAAUGAAUCUGGCCAGAUUCCGCUCAGUGGUCCACAUGUAUGUAAAUCAAAAGAGAUACAUUAAGAUGAUAUUAGAAGCCAAGAGGAGGGCAGAAGAGGAGCGAAUCCGAAUAGAAAUGGAGUUGGCAAAACGGGAAGUCGUCAACGUCACACACUUGGCCAUUCCAGCAGAACUUGGGGGGUUAUUACAAGCAGUUGCAGGAGGUAGAGAGCUUCAUUCUGAUUGCUUAGCUCUUGUACAGGCACCAACAGUUCAGGUGGAAUCCCAGCUCACACUACCCCUCGACAUCAACAACUACCCCAUUUCUAAAUUCAUCCAGCUUCAUUUCAGAGUAAGUUGUGCUUUCAGAUUCAUUCCUAAUUUGUCAUUAAAAUCUCCCAAAAAUAAAUUUUGUGACGGUUUCGAUUUUGCUUUACAGGAACCAAUGUUUGGAAUGUUGACUGCACCUUUGAAAAUGCCCUUGACUCAUUUAGAUGAUGAUCUCACACAGGAAGCUCUAGAUAUCUUCAUCAUGAUUUUGAGAUUUAUGGGUGACCCACAUUUGAAUGGUGCCCAGGAGAAUUUACUCGGAAACUACAUCAUUCAGAAAGGGCUUUCCAAUCCUGGCUUACGAGAUGAAAUUCUGUGUCAAAUUGCCAAUCAAGUGUGGAGGAACAGCAACCCAGAUAAUGCCGAAAGAGGCUGGCUGCUGCUUCUCGGCUGCCUCAGUGCAUUUGCACCUUCCGACAAAAUAGAGAAAUACCUUCUAAAGUUUGUGUCAGACAAUGCCUAUAAUAGCUAUAAGGCAGUUUGCCAACAUAAGCUGAUCCAGGCCAUGCAGAAGUCCCUUUAUGGACCAGAGACAGCAAGGACUUACCCAUUGUCCCUGCUGGAAUGGACUGCCAACAGAAAGAAAGCCAAUAUGGUCCUACAGGUGCACUGUUUUGAUGGAACCUCCUUUCUGUGUCCUGUAAACUCAUGGACCAGUGGAGAGGAUCUGGCUGGGGACAUCCUUCAGUACAGGGGUGUUACAGAGUCCUGGAAGGGUUGUUCUGUCAUCAUGAAGGAGCAUGGGCAAUGGGCUGAGCUUGCAGGGCAUGAUUAUGUAAUGGACCUGAUUGCAGAUCUGGAGCUAAUGCGAGAUUUCCCAAAGCAGAAGUCCUAUUUCAUAAUCUCUGCUGAGAGUCCCACCAGAACCAGACCCAAUGCCAGCCUUGCUCUGUUUAGAAGUGGUUUUGAUUCAGAUGAUGAAAGUCCACUCCUUAACCCACCAGUGGCCAGCAGCAGUCUACUAGAUUCUGAUGGAUACUACAGUCAUGAAUCCGAUUUUAGUGAGGCUCCACCUCAGAGAGGUAUGGACCGAUAUCUGGACAGCUUAUUUGACCCAGUGCUGUCUGAUGGUAGUGGGAAUCAGGAUCUGGAGAAGCCAGCCAGCAUGUCCAGUCGGAUGAAGGGAGCUGGAGGGAUUGGAGGUGAGGAUGGAGAAGAGGAAGAAAAGACACGGGCCAACAGGCCUUAUCCCCCAGGACUGCAGCCCGGUGCGGUUCCCGUUCUACCUGUUAUGGGGACUAUGAUGCCACCUAUACCUAUGCCAGCUAUGCACUCUGUGCCUUCAACUCUUACCCCAACAUCUACAGCCUCCGUUCCCUCUGUUUCUCCAUCAAUGCCAUCAGUACCAUCAAUGCCAGCUAUGUCAUCUAUACCUUCUAUGCCAGCGUUGCCUCCUUUACCGCCUUUCUCAGCAUUACCUAAUGUGCCACUGAUGACUGAUGGGGCAGUAGAUCCCAAUGUCCUUGCACAGCAGCAGCAAGCCAUCAUCAACCAGCAAGCGAUCAUACUUGCUCAGCAAAUGACAAUGCAAGCAAUGGCCCUACAACAGCAGAUGUAUAAUUCAGUGGGUAGGCCAUACACUGGUCCAUCUUAUCACAAUGAACAUGCAUCAAUGCCCCGCUCUGGCCAAUCAAGCCCAAACAAAUCUGAAACUGGACCUACUCCACACACUCAAGUUACACCUGCCCUUGCACAGAGACCCUUCCGGCAUCAUUACGGCCAGCCCAGGACAAUCCCACAAGAAAAUGUGGUGAAAUCCACCAUCUCAAACUCAGAGUAUAUAGAACCAAGUCACAACAUCAAAGACAUCAUUAAACAGUACCAGCCUGGCAUAGUCAAACCUGUAGAUGUACAAAGAAGAGAUGCUAAAGUGUUUGUUAAGAAGCCAGACCCUCAUGAUGAAGCUAUGAUGAUCCUUAAAGACCAGAUGAAUUCACCACCUACCCAGCAGAAAAAGGCCUAUAGUCCAGGCUCUUCUGCUUCAGAUGUCGCAGAGCUUGGCAGACUACAACCAUCAAAGAGCAUAAAGAUGAAAAGACCACCUCCAGUGCCUGCUAUCAGUCAGAGGUCCCCAGCCCCAGCACCCGUAUCUCGAGAGCUUCCAGUUGAAGAGGAGACCAUUCAGACCCAACUCCAUAGGAGGAGCAGCGAGGAGCACUACACCUACACAAACGUACCCUGGAAGAUCUACCUGAGAAAAGAGGUUUUCUAUCCCAAGGACAGCUUUAACCACCCACUGGUAUUAGAUCUCCUGUUCAAGCAGAUUGUCCACGACACAUUCUCCGAGGCUUGCAUUCGGAUCACAAAGGAGGAAAGACAGAAAAUGAAAUCCCUCUUUGCUGAGCACAGCAUUGACGAGGGUGCCACAACACAAGACGAGAAUGUGAAAAAAAAGGUUGUUAUUGCAGCAAGGGACACCUGGGAGAUCUACUUCUCUCGUCUUUUCCCAGCAUCUGGCAGUGUGGGCACUGGUGUCCAGGUGCUUUCAGUGUCCCACAGGGGAAUUAAACUGCUAAAGAUGGUGAGGAGCAGCGCACUGGCUCCAGAUUACUUCAGAGUUUUGAGACCUUACAGCUACACAGAUAUCAUGUUUGUCACCAUUCCCUCUAAGAACAUGCUGGAGUUCAACCUCACCAAUGAGAAACUGAUUCUCUUCUCAGCCAAAGCUCCGCAUGUGAAGACCAUGAUUGACUACUUCAUCACAGAGCUGAAGAAGGACUCCGACUAUGUGGUUGCUGUGCAUAAUUACAUGACAGAUGACAGAACAAUGCUGAGUUUCCACAAAGGAGACAUUAUACGCUUGCAGAAAAUGGAGGGGCUGGAGGAAGGCCACUGCUAUGGUUGCAUAGUGAAAAAGAAGGUCAUGCUUCUUGAGGAGAUCAAAAGAGACACAUCUGACUUUGGCUGGAAGUUUGGAGCGGUCCAUGGUCGUGCAGGGGUAUUCCCUGUGGAGUUCGUCCAGCCAGUGGCUGCUCCAGACUUUAUCAACCUCCCUGUGGACAAGAAAGACGAGCCCAAGAAUAAACAGGGUCAUGUGGCAGCCUCUGCCGCCGUAGCCGUAGCUGUAGGUUCCACUGCUGCGGCCCAUGAGCUCGACCGCUCCAUUGAAGUGACUUCAACAGUGAGUGAUUAUACCGAGGCCCAUACAGACUACAGUCACAUAGAUAUAGAUGAGAGGAUUUUUCAGGACAGCCAAUACAACCUGGUGGAGUUUGCCAAGAAAUAUUUUCGAGAGGCCCAUAGGAAGACCAGUGAUUCACAACGGCAAAGGUCAAAGAAGGGGAAGGAAAGCAAGGAAUUAUCAGAUAUGGUGAAAUUUUCCAAGUCUCCUAUCCAAGAGUCCUUGAUUGAGUUUACUGAUGAAAACAUGAACAAAGUUGCUGCAGACAUUUUCUUGGCUAUAAUGAAGUUCAUGGGGGACUACGCAAUCAAAGGCCAAACUGAGCAAGAAAUCAUCAGCACCAUACUAAGGCUUACUGGCGAAUAUGGUUUACUGAGAGAUGAAGCGUACUGCCAGGUCCUCAAGCAGAUCACCGAAAACACCAGUUCCAAAACAGACAGUUGUCAGAGAGGCUGGAGGAUCCUAUACAUCCUUACAGCAUACUACCGAUGUUCAGAAGUACUGAAGCCCUACCUAUUGAAAUACCUUCAAGAUGCCUGUGCAGGUCCAGGGGUACAAUACCAAGGCAUCGCCAAAGCUUGCGAACAGAACUUAAGGAAGACGUUCCAAUAUGGUGGCCGCAAUAAAUACCCUAACACCAUGGAACUAAAGGCGAUGAUGGCCAGCAGGAGCUCCAAACGGCAGCUAUUUCUUCUCCCAGGUGGAAUUGAGCGUCAUCUAAAAAUUAAGACCUGCUCAGUUGUUCUGGAUGCCAUUGAAGAGCUAUGCUAUGAGAUGGGUCUACACAGCAUGGAGGGAAUGGAUGAAUAUGCUGUAUUUCUCGUCACAAACAGAGGUCAGAAUGUUCAGCCACUGAGCAAAAGGGAGUACAUCUUGGAUGUCACCACAGAAGCAGAGCUUAUUGAUAGCAACUACAACCUGUGGUUUAGAAGAGUGAUCUGGAAUCAGCCACUAAAAUUCGAUAGCGAGCUUGGAGUCACCAUGCAUUACAAUCAGGUUACCCCGGAUUAUUUAAAAUCACUUCUGAACGUUGUGUCACAGGGCAGGCUUAGCGAACAGCAGCUUCAACAGGUGUCAAAAUUAGCUGCCCUGCAACAUCGCGCCAAGGACACCAUCUCUCUUCCAAGCCUCCAUGAGGUCCAAGACUGCAUCCCUGUCCCUCUGUAUGGACUACAGCCUUCCCAACAGUGGAUGAACUUGGUAACCCAAAACAUGCAGCAAGUCCAGGCACUGAGCCCCCAUCAGGCCAGAGCCCAGUUCCUGGGGCUUGUAAGUGUUUUGCCCAUGUUUGGCUCCUCAUUCUUCUAUAUACAAAGCAGCAGUAACAGCUCUAUAGACUGCCCCUGCAUACUAGCUGUCAAUCAAAAUGGCUUGAACUUUCUGAACAAAGACACACACGAGCUGAUGGUGAAGUUCCCCCUGAAAGAGGUGCAGUCUACGCGGACACAGAGGCCUGUAGCUGGCUCCAGUUACCCUUACGUAGAGAUAAUGCUGGGGGAUCUAACAUCUCAGCGCAUCACACAACUACAAGUAGAUCAGAGUCUGGAGCUGUGCCGUGUCAUCGCCAUGCACAUGGACAACAUGCUGUCCGUGCGAGAGAAGAGACUAACUCUGCCUCCCAGCGAGAUCACACUUCUUUAAUAUGCCUUCAAACAGCACAUCAAACUAUUCAUUGUCUCAUCAAAGAGAUAGUGUUAUUCAAGCCUUUCUUUCAGAUAACGUUCAAUUCAAUUUUAUAUGUAUAGCACUUUUAACAAUGGACAUUGCCACAAAAGCAGCUUUACAGAAAUAUAUCAAUUCAGGAUAUCAAUUUUAAAUUAAUAAAUGUAUCCCCGAUGAGCAAGCCAGAGGUGACAGUGGCAAGUAAAAACUCCCUGAGAUGACACGAGGAAGCGACCUUGAGAGGCUCAAAAGGGAACACGUCCUCAUCUGGGUGACAACGGAUAGUGUGAUUAUAAACAAUUCCCUUCUAUAACUGUGUACUACAUGGUCAAAAAGUGCAGUUGUGUAACCAGGAAAUUAAUUAUAGUUUUCACAUGAAGUCUAUUUUGUUGAAGUUAUCAACAUUUCAACAUGUUUUUGUUAACAUAUUACAUCAAACUGGAAUUUGACCAAAUUUAACCUCAUUAUAACAAUGUUCACAUUUACCAAAAACUAUUUCUAAGUGUCUACUCUACGGCUGGACAGGAUUCCAUGGUUUUAAAUAUCACGACUACCUCUCAAAACAUGUUGAAGAAAUUCAUUUCAUAUGACCACAAGGACUGUGAUGUAACAUUUUCAAGCUCUAAAGCGUAGCACAAUUGAAUACGAAUUUUUAUUAUUUUUUUAAAGUAUGCCAUUUUUCUACUGCUGAAUUGUGUUCUAAAUUAUUUGCACUUUACA